UAUGAGUAUCUGACGCAAUUUAUUCUUCCGCAUUCCGCAAUUUUGAAGUUUAGAUUCAUUAGUUUGAAGUUUGAACUGAAAUUUGACAACCAGUUGACAAUUGGCAACUUACUUCAGUCUUAUUUGGAUUGUAAACUACGUGUCGAUCAAUUUUACUCCUACUCCCAAACGUCCCUACUGUCGUCCCUACUGUAAAAAAAGGCAUAAAACAUAAGUUCUUUAAAAUGGUUCAAAAGUUAAAAGCUGAAGGAUAUCAGGAAUUCCAAACUGUAUUAAAAGAUAUUGAAAACAAAUCAAAGGAAAUUUUCAUCCUUUUCUCGGGCUCCAAGGAUACAACAGGUCACAGCUGGUGUCCUGACUGUGUUGAAGCUGAACCUGUCAUCGAGAAAGCUUUAGAAAGUGCUCCAGAAGAUGCAAUUUUUGUGUAUGUUGGUGUUGGUGAUAGAUCCUUUUGGAAGGACCCUGAUUGUGUGUUCCGAACUGAUAGCAAGACCAAAUUAACUUGUAUCCCAACACUACUUCAGUGGGGGACAAACAAGAGGCUACUUGACAACCAAUGCAACAAUCUUGAUACUGUUCUUAUGAUGUUUGAGGAUUAAUAAAUUUAAAAACAAAUCAAACACACAAGUCCUGUAACAUGACUGUGGGUAUUGUUAAAAUUAAAUAUCUUCUAGAUGAGAAGUUGCUAUAUGUUCAAUUACCAAGUUUAGUUUGUGUUCCUUAAAUAACUAGUAUUUGAAAUAUAUUCCAUUGUACUUUU